UAUUCAGCAGCUGCAGCUCCAGCCAGCUCAUUUCCCCAGCUCCCACCUCGCCGCUUGGACGUCUGGUGAGGGCCCUGUGCCGGGGCAGCCAUGGACCGGGUGCUGCGGGGGAUCCUGCUCGCCUGGGUGUCCAUGGCUUGGGUAAGAGGGGCUGAGCAGUCCCAGGAGCUGUCCUUCUCUGCGGGGUUUCCAGAAUGCAAAAAGGCCCUGAACCUCCCAAGUCUGGAAGUCCUGCCGGGGGGGGGCUGGGAUAACCUCAGGAAUCUGGACAUGGGCAGAGUCAUCAACCUGGACUACUCACUGUGUAAGACCACGGAAGAUGGUUCUUAUAUCAUCCCAGAUGAGAUCUUCACUAUCCCUCGCAAGCAGAGCAACCUGGAUAUCAACUCCGAGAUCAUCGAGUCCUGGAAAGAUUACCAAAGCAUCACUUCUGCCUCCAUCAACCUGGAGCUAUCCCUCUUCUCCUCCAUCAAUGGCAAGUUCUCCUACGACUUCCACCGGACCAAGACCCACCAAGUGAAAGACCACGCUGUCACCACCCGAGUGCAAGUCAGGAACCUGGUUUACACUGCCAAGAUCAACCCAGGGGCAGUCCUGGACAAGGGCUUCAAGAAGCAGCUGCUGCUGAUUGCCAGCCACCUGGAGAACAACCAGACACGGAUGGCUGAUUUUCUGGCUGAGGUACUGGUGCUUAACUAUGGCACCCACACCAUCACCUCCGUGGAUGCUGGAGCCAGCUUGGUACAGGAGGAUCAGAUCAAGGCGACCUUCCUGAAGGACAGCUGGGGCACACGGAAUGCUGUCACAGCCUCAGCAGGUGUGGCCUUCCACAGUAUCAUCAAUGUGAAACAUGAGGAGUCCCUGGACAUCAGCUCUGGCUUCACCAAGCAGUAUCUAGAGAACCGCACCAGCUCUAGGGUAGAGAGCAUCGGUGGGACCCCCUUUUACCCAGGCAUCACCCUCAAGACCUGGCAGGAGGGAAUCACAAACCACCUGGUGGCUCUUGACCGCUCAGGGCUGCCCCUGUACUUCUUCAUCAACCCCACCACCCUGCCAGAGCUGCCCACUCCCACGGUGAAGAAGCUGGCCAGGCGAGUGGAGAUGGCUAUCCGCCGCUACUACACCUUCAAUACCUACCCGGGCUGCACUGAUGUAACCUCGCCCAACUUCAACUUCCAUGCCAAUGCUGAUGAUGGAUCCUGUGAGGGCACCAUGACCAACUUCACCUUUGGGGGACUCUUCCAGGAGUGCACCGGGCUGGCCGGCCCUGACACCGGUACUCUGUGCAAGGGACUGGAGCAGAGGAACCCCCUCACUGGGGCUUUUUCCUGUCCCACUACCUACACUCCAGUGCUGCUGGGCACGCAGGAGCGGGAGGAAGGCCAUAGCCAUCUGGAGUGCCACAGCAAGUGCAUCCUCGGCAUCUUCUGCCACAACGAGUGCCGGGACGUCUUCUGGCUCUCCCGGGUGCAAUUCACUGCCUACUGGUGUGCCACGAGCGGGCCGGUGGCCCCAAACUCAGGAUACCUCUUUGGGGGACUGUUCAGCGCCCACAGUGCCAACUUCAUCACUGGUGCUCAGUCCUGCCCCUCGGGGUACUUCCCACUGAAGCUCUUCGACGAGCUCAGGGUGUGUGUGAGCCAGGAUUACGAGAGGAGCAGCCAGUAUGCAGUGCCUUUUGGGGGCUUCUUCAGCUGCCAGGCAGGGAACCCCUUGGCGGGGCAGCACCAGGGCACUGCCGAGGACCCCCAUGCCAAGAGCUGCCCUCCAGGCUUCAGCCAGCACUUGGCACUUAUCAGUGAUAGCUGCCAGGUGGAGUACUGCAUCCAGGCUGGCAUCUUCACAGGGGGCUCACUGCCACCCGCACGACUGCCACCCUUCACCCGGCCCCCUACCAACCUGCCGGCCAUCGACACCGUGCUGGUGAGCAGCGGGGAUGGGGACAGCGCCUGGGUCAGGGAUGGGCAGAGCCACGCGUGGCGGCUGGCCCAGCCAGAAGAGAUCCAGCACACAGUGGAGAUGGUGAGGGGCGGGGGGCUGACAGGGGUGGAGGUGGCUGGCAUCACCGUGGCGGUACUGGCAGGGCUGGCCACCAUCCUGACGAUGGUCUAUUACAGCCACCAGAAGUACAAGGCGAGGGGGUAUCAUGCGAUGGGUGAAGGGGACAGCGUGGCCACUGCAAGCCCCGAGGACAGCACUGUGCUGAGCGUGGGUGAGGGGUACCAGCAAGAGCCGGGGGGGCUGAUGGCGUGAGCACCCAUCCCCACCCCGGUUGCCAGGCGAUGCCACGUGCCCCAAACCCAGGCAAAGCCCCCCUGCCCAACUCCCUCUCCAGGGACAAAGCUGCGCAGCGCCACCAGCCCCCUGCCCUACACCCCCUGGAGCCAAGGGUCCCUCUCCCCACAUUGACCCCAGGCUCCUCCCUCCAUGGGGCAACACACGCUCUUGCCCUCCACCAGAUCCCCAAGCUCCAGCCUUGAGCACCUGGGAGGCUUCACGGCCCUUCAGACCUUCCUCCCUGGCUGACCUGGGAGGCCAACUCCCAGCAUCAACCUGUCAUCAGCCCCUGCAUCCCCACAGCUGCAUCUCCCCUCUCCAACCGGUCCCAGAGCUCUGCCCUUUCAGAGACAGGGUUUCCCCUCCACUGCAAACCUUGCCCCAGCUGAUCCCCUACCCCAAAACCAAAGAAGGGGACCCAGGGCCCUUCAACCAGCCCCUGGGGACACUGGGGUGCCCAAGAAAACCCUGGGCACAGCCAUGUCUUCUUUCCCCCAUGCUGGCCCCCCCAAAAAAACAGGGGAAGCUGUACAACCCCCUCCCUACCCUCCUCUGAUACACAGAAACACCAGCAGGACGCUAGCCCAUCCACGGUGGAGACUUCCUACUUGUGAAAACAUUGGGUCUGCACGCGGGCUGGGGCCUGACUCCUGGGAAAAGACCCCCCAGCUACUGCAGGCACCUAGGGCCAGCACAGACGGCAUUAUCAAUGCUUUGCAUCACAGGAAAGGAGGGAGCAGAGGGGCCCCAUGGAAACACGUGCAGGGUUAGCCACCAAUUUCUGUCCCCUGCAACUGAAGAGCAAGCCCUGUCUCCAUGUAUAUCUAUCGGGAUAGAUAUACACACACAUGCAGAGAGGCACGGAUCAGUUUUAUUUCAGCCAGCAACUAAUUGUGUAGGCAACACAGCAUUAAAAAAGAAAAAAAGUCAUGUUA